AGCUUCUUUGGAGGGGGAGCGAGCAGUCAGGUCUGGGGAAGGCCAACUGCGUUCAGCUCGGGUGGAAGGCUGCAGCGGCGCUGGGCGGGGCCGGGCUCAAGGGCUGGCAGCCGGGCUGCGAGGCUGCUUGCGAGCCGCUGCGGAGCUCUGGCCUCUCGGGCCCGGCUGCCCGCGCUGAGCGCCCCUCCGCUGCGGCGACUGCGCUGCUGGCUCGUGGCGACGCCGCGCGCGAGCGUCCAGCAUGACGGAGCUGAGGCAGAGGACGGCCCGCGAACCGGACGCGCCGCCCGAGGACAAGGAGUUGGAGUCAGAAGCAAAGGUUGAUGGAGAGGCUGCAUCGGACACUGAGAGCCGAGCGGACCUGGUUGCCCCGCCAGCCCCCGUGGACAACACCCCAGAGGUCCUCAACAGGGCCCUUUCCAACUUGUCUUCAAGAUGGAAGAACUGGUGGGUGAGAGGCAUCCUGACUUUGGCCAUGAUCACGUUUUUCUUCAUCAUCAUCUACCUGGGACCAAUGGUUUUAAUGAUGAUUGUCAUGUGUGUGCAGAUUAAGUGUUUCCAUGAGAUCAUCACUAUCGGCUACAAUGUCUACCACUCCUAUGACCUGCCCUGGUUCAGGACCCUCAGCUGGUACUUUCUGCUGUGUGUGAACUAUUUCUUCUACGGAGAGACGGUGACAGAUUACUUCUUCACGCUGGUCCAGAGAGAAGAGCCUUUGCGGAUUCUCAGUAAAUACCAUCGGUUCAUUUCCUUCACUCUCUACCUAACAGGAUUCUGCAUGUUUGUACUGAGCCUGGUCAAGAAACAUUAUCGACUGCAGUUCUACAUGUUUGGCUGGACCCAUGUAACACUAUUGAUUGUUGUAACCCAGUCACAUCUUGUUAUCCACAACCUGUUUGAAGGAAUGAUCUGGUUCAUUGUCCCCAUUUCCUGUGUGAUCUGCAAUGACAUCAUGGCCUAUAUGUUUGGCUUUUUCUUUGGUCGGACGCCACUCAUCAAGCUCUCUCCGAAGAAGACCUGGGAAGGCUUCAUUGGGGGCUUCUUUGCAACUGUGCUGUUUGGCCUUCUGCUGUCUUAUGUGAUGUCGGGGUACAGAUGCUUUGUCUGUCCUGUGGAGUACAACAAUGACACCAACAGCUUCACUGUGGACUGUGAGCCCUCAGACCUGUUCCGCCUGCAGGAGUACAACAUUCCUGGGGUGAUCCAGUCAGUUGUUGGCUGGAAAACGGUUCGGAUGUACCCCUUCCAGAUUCACAGCAUUGCCCUGUCCACCUUCGCCUCACUCAUAGGCCCCUUUGGAGGCUUCUUUGCGAGUGGCUUCAAGCGAGCCUUUAAAAUCAAGGACUUUGCCAAUACCAUUCCUGGCCACGGAGGCAUCAUGGAUCGCUUUGACUGCCAGUACUUGAUGGCCACCUUUGUCAACGUGUACAUCGCCAGUUUUAUCAGGGGCCCUAACCCGAGCAAAUUGAUUCAGCAGUUCCUGACCUUGCGGCCGGAUCAGCAGCUCCACAUCUUCAACACACUCAAGUCUCACCUGAUGGACAAGGGAAUCCUGACAGCUGCCACCGAGAACGAGUAGGGGCUGCCUGGGGCAAAGUGCAGGGGCAGAGGACUGAGGAAGGGGCAGGUCUCCAAGGCAAGCCCAGCUGCUGUGACUUAGACAGCGACAGGCUUCAACUCACAGGCUUUGCUUUUCUUCUUCUUCUUUUUUUUUUGGUAGUUUUUUUUAAUUUGUGAGUUUUAAAAAAAAUUUGUAUAUAUAGUCCGUUUUUGAGUUGUGAGUAAUCUCUAGCUCUGAGUUGGAAAUAAGUCAUGGGGGUUUACAUUUCAAGUUUUUAAACAACUGAAUUACUGAACAACCUGAAGGACAGUGUUGCCCAGCUCAGGAUGUCUGCAUUGUGGUUCCAGCCCUGUCCUUGGAUUAUUUCUGGGGCCAGGCGGUGGACAUUGAUCUGUGCCUAACCUAUGCAGGGGCCUCUCUCCUGGGUAGGGUGCCUAUGGCUCCCUGGGGACUUUGCAAGCAACCUUUGUUGGGAGCUGCUGAGAGCAGGUUUCUGUAGGCCUGGAGGAAGGGAGGCCCUGGUCCGAUGGGCAUUGCUCCUCACUGGAAUCCUGCAGGGUAUGUGCGCUGUGCUUCGUAGUAUGGGUUCACUUUGCAUCAUCACAGAUGGAAAGGUUUUUAUUUUUUCAGAAAGCACGAAAAAUUAUUUAUAAUAAUCUGGAGUAAAAACCACACUGUAAUAUUUUAAGUGUGUGCAGUAGAGUGCACUGUAGUAACCAAGCCCUUUCCCACCAUGUAGGCUCCAGUGUCUCCUAGCAGGCAGUCUGGCAAACUGCGUGUUUUCAGGGCUGAGGCUGUGGCAUUUGUGCUGUAGACUUGCUGCUGCUGGAUGGGGGAAUGGGAGGCCCCGGAGUUAGGGAGCAGGGGGCUUUUGGUUCAUGUCGCCUUUGCUGAGUGUCCAUGUAGCUGCUAUAGUGUGCAUCCAUUACUCUUGAGGUGACAGUGUCUGUGUUCUAAAAGUCACUUCUUACAGUGAUUUCACUUAUACUAUGACUGGUUCGCUAGAAGCCAGAAAGUUUGGCUUAAACCUAUGGCAAACCUAAUGUGAUGGAGGCUUGAUCAUUUGAAGAUUAAAUGUAUACUUUUUA